CGAUGGAGAGGGUGCCGAGGGAGCCGCGGGAGCAGCCGCCCUCUUUGGCUUGGCCGGAGCGGCGAGAUCCGGCUGCUUUGCCGGAGCUGCCCUGCUCGGCUUGGUCGGGGGGGCGGGAUCCGGCUUCUUCGGCGGUUUGCUCUUGUCGGCCGGUCGCUGGCGUCCGCCCGCUCCACUCGCGCCCGACCCCUUCUCGCUCGGUAGCACCGCAUCUGCAGGGCUCUUGCGGUCGGCCCGGCGAGAGGAAGCGGCCGCACCCGCGCUCUUUGAAGCCGCCCCCUCCGCGCCGUCCUUGUCAGUGUCGUCCGCUGCUCCCGCAUCCUCGCCCGUGCGCGCCUCGUUGGUCGCUAGGAGCAUCUCCUCGUACCUCUUCUUGAGCUCUGGCACGUCCUUGGCGCGCCGGCCAAGCGCCUUGGCAACGACUGACCAGGCUCGCUUGUUCUCGACCUGCUCGUAGCCGCCCUGUCGCGUCACAGCCUCGAGCAGCUGUGAGUCGUCGAUCAGCGGCGGAAGUGCCUCCGGCUGCGCGGGCUUCGCCUUGCGCGGAGGCUCGCCGCUGCGAGACGACAGUGCAGGCGGAGCCAUCGCGCCGCUGGCAGGCUUGAGCGGUUUCUUCUGGACUAGCACCGCCUCUGCGCGUCGCACUGCAGCAGCCUCUUCCAGCCGACCCGGCACGUUGACCUGGCUCAUGGCGGACUCGGGUUUCGCUCGCCCGAUAGCGUGGAGAGCUC